AUGAAAAUCUUCCAGCUCUGUUGGACAGUGCUUUCAGUGUUUCCGCUUCUAGCACUAGCGGAUACCGCCAACCAGCCUCGUGUGGUCGACACAGAUGAGGCAGCUAAAAUCAUUCAGACCAGCACGUCAAGUCAUACCAAUAACUGGGCAGUCCUUGUGUCCACGUCAAGAUUUUGGUUCAACUAUAGACACAUGGCUAAUACUUUGAGCUUGUACCGAACAGUGAAGAGGAUGGGAAUACCGGACUCUCAAAUCAUUCUAAUGUUGGCUGACGACAUCGCAUGUAAUCCAAGAAAUGCCUUCCCCGGAACGGUGUUCAACAAUAUGGACCAAGCCAUCGACCUUUAUGGUGACGAUAUUGAAGUCGACUAUAGAGGUUACGAGGUGACUGUGGAGAAUUUCAUCAGGUUGCUCACGGAUAGAUGGGACGAGAACCACCCUAGAAGCAAAAGACUUCUCACAGACGAGAAUUCAAACAUUUUUGUUUAUCUCACGGGCCAUGGCGGAAAUGAGUUUUUGAAAUUCCAAGAUGCUGAGGAGAUCGGCUCGUGGGAUCUUGCGCAUGCUUUCCAGCAAAUGCAUUCAAAGAAGAGGUACAACGAGAUCUUCUUCAUGAUCGACACGUGCCAGGCCAAUACUAUGUACGAGAGAAUCUACUCUCCUGACAUAUUGUGUGUUGGUUCAUCUCGCUUGGAUGAGUCGUCUUACUCGCAUCAUUCCGACUUAGAUGUCGGGGUGGCUGUUAUCGACAGAUUCACAUAUUACACUCUUGACUUCUUAGAGAAAGUUGAGAAGAACUCCAACGUCACUAUGGACAAGCUUUUUGCUGAGUACACGUACGAAAAUGUCCAUUCAAACCCAGGUAUCAGGACAGACUUGUUCAACCGAGACGUGAACGAGGUUCUUCUAACGGACUUUUUCGGCAAUGUCCAAGAGGUUGUGUUAGACGAAGUGGAGCAGGGUGUUCUUGAGACCAUCAGUAGUGUUCCAAUGGCCCAAAAGUCCUCGAAAAACACCACCCACUACGAAGCCUUGAGCGCAUCUUUCAGCGACUCAGGUUACAAAACGAAACAAUUGCAUCAUGUGACCAAGAAGGAGGCCAAGAUCAUCACAGCUGUGCUGGCUAUCGCUUUGGAGUUUACGAGAAUGGCAUUUUCUGGCUCGGUUCUCUUCAAUUUGGUGGUUUCCAAUGAGCCUAAUUCACGAAAGCUAGAAGCUGUACUGAAUUUAAAAACCCAUGUCAAGAAGGAAAACGUGGAUCUCACACAAGUCCAGGCUUAUUUUGAAGCCAUAUCGGUUUUGAUGGAUCUGACCGACCAGAACCUACAAAAUACAACAUUCAGCUUGCUAUGCCAUUUGGUGAAGCGUGUUAGCAUCCAGGAUUCCAGAACCACUCUACUCCAUGACCAUUCUUUUUUAGUGCUUCACAUAAUUGUUACCAGAAUAGCGGAUCCAAGAGCAUCCAUCAAAAUAUCAGCUAAAAGAGCAUUGGAAGCAUACUGGCUCACAGCACCUACAAAGGUCGAACAGGCAUUGGUGGAGCUGGGGCUCAGAAAUCGAUCUCCGUUAAUCAUAAACGAAUGUGUCGUAUGGCUCAACACCAUUCUUACAGAGGUCAACCGUCACUUUAGUCUAAAUCCAUUCAUGAAUGCCCUUGCAGAAAUACUCGUCCAGUAUGAAAACAACAACUUGUUAGUGGAGAAUAUCAAGAUUUUGUUUGCCAACUACUAUGAUCUCAAGCAAAACAGACUCCAUAAGUUCGAACUUCAGAAGAUACUAGAGCUGCACAAGGUUUCUACCUCCCUAAGAACGUCAAUUAUGGGAACAGACCAUGUAAUGAAGUCACGAGAUAAGCCAGAACAUGUGGAUCAUGCCCCUAAACUACCUAUUCCUAGCAUCAAGCCACCCAGGCCAGCAUCUACGCAUAUAUCGCGAGCCAAGGAGGAACCUAAAGCAGUGAGCCACGAAAAGGAGAAAGAUCAAUCCUCUUUCUCGUCACCUGUUGAUGACAUUGUAUUUGGCCUUCAAAAUUAUAGAAUUGAUUCGAAAGUGCUGCCCACGAGAUGCAAAGACGCGGAUACUCUUCACAGCAAUGUAUCCAGCAUGAUAUCAACGUUUGACGGAAAGGAAACUGAAAGAAACUGGACCUUAAGGGAAACUCACAUCGGAACUCUAAGGUCACUAAUAAGAGGAAAUGCUCACUCGGAGUUUCCCGAAGAUCUUGUUCUUGCUUUGAAAGAUAUCUCAGAGGGCAUUUGUAAGGGACUCUUGUCCCUUCGUACGACCUUGAGCGUGAGUGCAUGUUCCUUGGUGAAGGAGGCAGCGAUUCUUCUAGGAGAUAAGUUUGACCCGCUAAUCGAUCAUUUCACUCCUACACUCAUAAAACUCAAUGCCUCUACCAAGCUGAUGACUUCCAGUAAUGCUCAUGUUGCCAUGUGCGCAAUUAUGGCCAACUGCUCAUAUGGUGGAAAGCUCCUUCACAAGAUUCAGACUGCUUCAUCGGAGAAGGGCAGCAAUACCAGAACACACUGUGGUACUUGGCUCAAAAUAUUCGUUGUUCGGUCUAGCUCUCAUGGCUCCCUCCCACACACUGAGAUUAUUGAACGUGUACUCAGUCGUCUUCUAUCUGAUCCGAUCUCCCCAGUUCGCCAGUCUGCCAAGGAAGCUUUUUGGUCUCUUCAAGCUAUUUCCAAAGAGUCUGCUGAAAGGCUCCUAACUCGCCUUGAUGCAAAUGUCGUGAAGGGCUUGGAGCGCUCGAAACCUGCGAAGAUUGGAAAGUUAAGACCAGAAUUGACGCAACCAAAAUCAUCUCGCCCCUCGAUAAAGGACUCAAUUAUCGCAAAGAACAAGGAGCUUCUGGCUAAGCGUGCUGACUCGAGACUGAGUUCCAGAAACUCUUCUCAGCGUUCAGAAAGCGGCAUCGAAUUUGGCGUACGAAAGGGACUGAGUCGGCAAAUGUCAGACCCAUCAACUAGACGCCACGCCUCCAGCCUACCCAAAAAGGACAACACCCCUCAUGAGCCAUUAUUGAAGCAACGUAGCUUCCAUAAUUUGCAUAAUUAUAGCAAGGACUCUGAAAAGAAGCCCGCUUUGCGAUCGGUCGCUUCUACAACUUUCUCGUCGUCAAAUGUUCAGGGCAGAAGUACGCCUCCUAUAAGGGUCAUGACAACGGCGGAUCCCAUCUUUCAGUUCUUGUCAUCCUCGAAUGAAGUUACCAUCAAAGAGGGUAUCAAUUUAUUGAAGUAUGCCAUGAUUGUUGAGGAAAUGUUUCCAGAUGAGAUCAAGUUUUAUUUGAGAAAGGUCUCUUAUACUCACCCUGAAUGCUUCCGCCCACUCCUUGAAAGCCAGCCCGAAAUCUUUAGCAAAACUUGGACACUCAUGACUCAGGAGGACAUCUUGCGCGUAUGCUCCAUCAUUUUACCUGUUUCGGAUGAGGUUGUCGAUCGUAUGAUCGCUUUAUCAGACCGUGAAGUAUACCAGUCAGUGGGCACAAUUUUCACAUAUAUCGCAGAUUUCGACCACAUAGCUGGAGAGAAGCAUUUGGCAAUUCAAGUGAUUAAACACAAGAGCAAGAUCCUUGAACUGUUAGCCAAGUUUACUCUCGAGUGCACCACUAAGAUCCCAGUGGGCGACGAUAGCUUUGAACUACUUGCUAAGCCUUUGUUUCAACUCGUUGCUAUAUUUCAUUCGAUGCCUGGAUAUGAUGUCUACAAAUCUUUGGUGAAAUCUUUGUAUCACACCAAUGAGAGGUUGUUCAGAAAACUUUCCUCUCAGCUCUCAAGCAAUUGCAAGAGAGAGAUCGAAAGCAUUGCCGGUAUAGAGGAGAGAACGCCAGGUAUCUUGGAGAAUGAACCAAAAAGAUUAGAGGAAAACGCAGCAGAGUCUAUGGUGGAAAAUGAACCAGAGACUGUGGAGAACAGGACACCGGAACUUGCACGAUGUUCUCCUCAGCAGGUCGAACAUCAGGCACUGUCAGACCCAAUUGCCACUGAGCUGACUCCAGAUGAUGGAAAUACAGUCACAGAAACAAAUAAGGUUGACUCCGAGGAAUCAGUUGAGCAUGAUCGCCAGGUUUCUGCAGAGUCAUCUGUCGAGGAAGCAGAACAUGCGAGCAAAGAUGUCAGCGAUGAGGACAUGGAGCAAGACAAUGAACCAAUGACGGAAUCAGAGGAGAAAGCCAAUAGCGUUUGCAAUGAGACUCUGACGACUCACUCGAGAUUGAUUGAUUCUGAUCAUGUGGUGGGGAAGGAAUCGCCACGCGAAGGUGAGGAUGCUGAACACACGAGGGCAGAGAAGGUAAAUGACGAGAUGAUGGAUUGUGAAGACAAGGACAAGAGUCCCACGAGUAACGACAAUGCCGCUGCAAGUGCUACUGGAAGUGAGAAUAGUCGACAGAAUGAGGGCCCAAGUUCACCCAAGCAGGUUGUGGAGAAUAUCAAACCCAUGGAGUUUCCUUCACCAAUACCGGCUGAUCGCUUUGCAAGCAGGGCUCAAUCAUUUUCUCCCAAAAAAUCUGCUAACCCGAACAUCUUUGCAUCCGGUCUGGUAACACCCAUGAGAAAUGAGUUCUAUAAUCGGCUAAACCCAGAUCCACCGAGCGAUCUUGUUGAGAACUUUGCGCAAGUCAAGAUAACUAAUCGGUUGAACUCAAUACAAUCUUUCAUCGAUAAGGUUGAUCCUUUGAGCAAAGUCUCGUGCAAAGCGAGGCCAAUUUCAAUUUUUGAGGAUACAAAAGUGAGCGGAUCGCCUCAAAAAGUGAAGGAAUAUAACUACACCGAACUAAAUUGGUUUAACUUUCUGGUGGCACGUCUUGCUCUCGACAAGGAAGCUAAGGAAUUUGAUGACUACACAAUCGCUGAGUUCGACCAAUUAUGUGAAGACCUUAGAGGUGAAUUGAGUGGAAAAAAGUUUGUCAGCUUGUUGAGAUACUUGCAGAAUGAACAAUCAUCAGACUUCGACAAAUAUUUCGUGCAAGAAGGAUUGAGCAGGAUCGAGGACUCUCUUCAUCAGCAUUUGACUUCAACUGUAAUCCGCGACAAGCUCAGUGGUUUGAUAAUUUUGAAACAACUUCUCAUCAACAGAGAAAAUAUCAAUUUCCUGAGGGUUUGGAAAACGCUUGUUCUUCUUAGCGAAGAUGCGGCCCAUGAGAUCGAAGUUGCAAUUAACGAGGCAUUUGAUGAAGCACUCUGCGGGAUAUUUUCAAGUGCUGACAUGACACAGACAAUAGUAAAGACGAUUUGUGAGCAGUCCAGUGAUUGGACUGAAACGACGCUCACAUACGUACUCCGUUGUUUGUUCAAGCUUGUCGCGCAGAAGACAAUGGUAUUGUCAAUAACCGACGAUCUCUUGCGUCAACUUCAUGGAAUUCUCAAAUCUUACAUCGGCCACAAGAAGGUGGAGAUUCGAAAAAAUGUGGUGCAGACAUAUGGAAAGCUACUUCGUGCUGCCCGAGUAAGCGAGCUUACAGACAGCAACAUCACCCUGUCCAAUGUCAAUAAGGAAUCCAGGUUCGUUGAUGAAAUUUUGGAUAGUAUGACGGGACCUCAACGGAAGAUGGUGGAAUACUACAGUCAUUGA